AUGUCUACCGUGCUUCAAGCUUCAAGAGCUAAAGAAUGCUGGUUCGUCGACAUAGUAACGCUUGGGUGUAGCGAGACAGCGCGCCAAGACUGUCAGCAAUGCCAAUGGCAUAGCGUCGAUCUGAGUGACGCGGUAAUUGCCGAGACCUCUCUUCCCACCACCACCAUACACCUCCUUGCUCUGCGACCUGCCCAACUUUCUCUCCUUAAAUUACUGCAUCCUCCUAGGAUGCACUCGUGCACGCACUGUGGAAACAUCUGUCCAUCCAUUUACCCCUAUACCGAUACAGAAGACGCAGAAAUCUUCAACCGUCUACGACUCAAUAUAUUUCCCUCACAAACGGACGCUGCUCGUCUGAAAUCCGAUAUCACUUUUCUUGAAGAGGAAAUACGGGAUUUGAACUCCCUUCUCGAUAAACUUUGGCACGAAAAGCAGAUGCGGGAGAAAGCGAAAGAAAUUCGACAGUCUCUACUCUCGCCCAUACGUCGCAUUCCUCUCGAAAUAUGGGCUGAGAUCUUCCUUUACGCCAUCCCAGAGCCGCUUCCUUUCCUCGAUUUUAAGGGAAACUUGAUCGCUGAGAUGGACUCGGACAUCACGACAAUGGAUUCACCAUGGCUCCUUACGCACGUAUCCAGCUAUUGGCGAAAACUUGCAAUCUCCAUCCCGUCCUUGUGGGCAACUGUAUCGCUCACGCCAGACAUAACACCCCAGCAGGAGGCGCUUGUGCGACUUCAGCUUGCUCGCUCGCAGGACUGCCCCUUACACCUUCAACUCCGAAUUGAGGAGUACGAUUCUGAGGACAUUGGACAUCUCAGAACACUCCUUUUUCCACUUUUCCAUCGUUGUGCUACACUCGAGUUGGCCACACCUAACACGGCGAUCAUUGAGACCUUGUGUUGCCACCCUGCAGGUUUACCAUCGUUACGUACUUUAACGAUUCGCCGUGUGUCUGGAGCUCAGCCCGACAAUUCAAAGAUGCAUGAUGAACGUGUCAACGUAUUCAUGAAAUCCCUCCACCUUCGCGCCGUUAAUGCAGACUUCUCCCUCGUCGAACUCUCCCUUCCUUUAACUAAACUCAGGUCACUCGUCCGAGUCCCAUUGGCAACGUUUGAACAAAUACAGGAUAUCGUGAAUGCCGCGCCGGAGCUGGAACAUCUAGAAUUCUCGUUCGUCGAGAUGGGCUCAGGCCUCAGCAUACCGCGGUGUGAAGGUUUACCGAUGAUUACGCACAAUAGGCUGCGGCGACUACAUUUGUCAACAACGCCCUCCGAAAUUCUCUCAUCUCUGAAGCUUCCGGCACUGCGGCGUUUGUCGCUUGAAGAGGGCGGGUUCAUGAAUGGUCGGAUGGAGACGUUGCUUGAGUUUCUCCGAAGGUCGGGGUGUGUACUGGACGAUCUCACUAUCAUGCAUACGCAGGAUAUAUUCCCUCUUCUGCGUGCAGUACUCGAGCACUCGUCGCACACGUUGACACGGCUAGCUAUCACUGUGCCGUGGGGAACCGCUCAGGACAUAUACCGUCUCCUCACAUUAACUCCCGGAUUGGAACUCAUGCCCAAUCUACAGAAACUAUCCGUACAAGAUUGGCCCGAUUAUGUCCCCACUGGCAUGACGACCUUCUUUGGGCCGGGGCCGAACUCCCGUUCAUUUUAUGAGAUGGUUUGGUCACGGAGGUCAAGGCUAAAUUUUGUUUCCCUCUUUUCACGGGAAUUGCACAGUCUGACUCCUGAACUGGAGGCACACGUAUCUCGUCUUCAGGAAAGAGGCAUCACCGUUGAACUUUUUGGCGUUAGUUACUCCACCCGUCGUCGUAUCUUUCCGUGA